AUGGCAAGACAUUCUUCAUACCUUUGCUUCUUUCUGAUUUCCAUGGUUGCCAUCUUCCCCAUCUCUCGAUUCUGGUUUCAUUUCCCAGAAAACUCAUGUUUCAAUUCCUCACACUCCAACAGCAACAACAAUAACAACUAUUGUGUGAAGCGAAGCUUUUCGCUUCAACAAACACAGCACAAAUCAGGUCCUCACCACCCACUGGAUCCCCUCACAGUCCAAGAAAUCCACAGGGUCCGACAGAUCCUCUCCACCUACCACCCCUUCUCACUUUCUUUCCCUUCAAUCCACUCUCUCGCGCUCGACGACCCCGACAAGUCCUCCGUCUUGGCCUGGACGCCCGCCGCCCCUCUUCCGCCCCGACGGGCUGCCGUUAUUGCCAUCCUCAACGCCCAAGUCCAUGUCAUUUCCGUCGACUUGGAGUCGGGUCGGGUCAUCACCCAUGACGCACUCGAUCCAAAAUCUGGCUAUCCCAUGCUAUCAGAUGAGGACAUUUCAGGUUCGGAGCAACUCACAAUCGCCAAUCCUGAGGUCCAGCGGACCAUAGUCGCACAUGGCGUUGCGGUGACGGACGCGAAAUGCACGACACUGCCCGCGGGCUGGUUUGGGGCAGAGGAAGAAGGGAGAAGGAUUGCGAAAUUGCAAUGCUUCUCUGUGGAAGGCACGUCGAAUUUCUACAUGAGGCCAAUCGAGGGGCUCACAGUCACAGUGGACCUCGACAAAAAAGAGGUAACCAAAAUCUCUGAUACCGGUACAGGAAUCCCAAUCCCGAGAAGCACAAACACAGAGUACCAAUACAAAGAAGACCAGAAAAUGAAGCCACUGGAACUGAACCCCAUAUCGAUGGAGCAGCCACAAGGACCGAGCUUUACCGUGGAAAACGAACACGUGUUCAAAUGGGCAAACUGGGAGCUGCACAUCAAGGCGGAUCAGCGAGCAGGGCUGGUGAUUUCGCGAGCCAUGGUGCGAGAUCCGGAGACAGGGGAGACUAGAAAUGUGAUGUACAGAGGGUUUUCGUCGGAGCUGUUUGUGCCGUAUAUGGACAUGGAGGAGGGUUGGUAUUUCAAAACAUAUAUGGAUGCUGGGGAGUUUGGGAUGGGGGCGCUGUCGCUGCCGUUGGUGCCGCUCAACGACUGUCCCAGGCACUCUUAUUAUAUGGACGCCGUGUUUGUGGGCGCAGAUGGGAACCCUUACGUUCGGGAAAAUUUGAUAUGUGUGUUUGAAAGAUAUGCCGGAGAUAUCAGCUGGCGCCACUCUGAUCCGGGUUUCGCUGGUGUACAUGUUAGAGAAGCAAGGCCAAAAGUGACGCUUGUGGCUCGCAUGGUAUCGACGUUGGGAAAUUACGAUUACGUCUUCGAUUGGGAGUUUCAAACAGAUGGUUUAAUCCGAGUGAAGGUUGGUCUUUCAGGAAUGCUAAUGGUGAAAGGGAGUCUCAACGAAACUAUUCAGAACAAAGACAAUGAAAUAAUUGAACCUUUGGUUUCAGAGAAUACAAUUGGAGUGGUUCAUGACCACUUCAUCACAUUUUACAUCGACAUGGAUGUAGAUGGUAUAAACAAUUCAUUUGUAAAAGUUAAUCUUGUUAAAGAAGAAAUUUCUACUUCAAAAUCACCGAGGAAAAGCCUCUACAAACCGUACAGAAAAGUGGCAAAAAAUGAAGAUGAUGCUAAGAUUAAGCUUAGUCGUCUAUAUGAUCCUUCUGAGUUUCAUGUGGUGAAUUUCAACAAGAUGUCGAGAUUGGGAAACCCAUCAAGCUACAAGCUUGUCCCCACGGCCACUGCGGUUAGCUUGCUUCAUCUUCAUGAUCCUCCACAAAUCAGAAAUGCUUUCACUAACUACCAGAUUUGGGUGACGCCGUACAACAAAACUGAGCAAUGGGCUGGUGGGCUUUUGGCGUACCAAAGCAAGGGAGAUGACACACUCGCGGUUUGGUCUCAAAGGAACCGUCGGAUCGAGAAUACAGAUAUAGUGGUGUGGUACACGAUGGGGUUUCAUCACGUGCCAUGCCAAGAAGAUUUUCCGGUAAUGCCAAUCGUGUCCUCCAGCUUUGAUCUAAAGCCCGCCAAUUUCUUCGACAGAAAUCCCAUUCUCCAAACAGCCCCCAUCUUGGAAGCGGACCUGCUCGUUUGCUAGCCUUAUCCAAAUUCUGAGCUCAACAACAAAUUAUUAAUUUCAAAAACAAAUUCUUCAAUUUAAAUAAAUAGCUAGGGUUAGGUUUAUCACCAUAACAUGUUAUAAAUAUAUAAUUUAGUAGCUCUUUUUCCAAAAUGACAAG